AUGGGACGUUGGAUGGGUAUAAUAGGUGAUUCGUCGUUCUCGUCUUUAUCGAAAAAUCUUCAAACCAAUUUCGAUACAACUAUCGUUAUCAUAUCGCGUAUUUUAAUAUGCUUUCCAAAUACGUUAAUGAUCCUUCCGCAGGUUCACCUACGGAAACCUUGUUACGACUUUUGCCCGGUUCAAGCCACUGCGAUUAAGGCGAUUUCCACCAGAGUAUUUCCACCGCAAAUAUUCGGCUUCAAUACAGCAGUCUCCGCUUUUCUCGAAACGGCUCAGUCCCGGGCAGCGACGGGCGGUGUGUACAAAGGGCAGGGACGUAAUCAGCGUGAGCUGAUGACUCACACUUACUAG